CACUCUCUCACAUCUUCAACUUCAUUUUCAUCAACUGUAGUAAAUAAGAACCCAAAACCCUCCCGUCGACUAAAACCCUUCUUCGGCGAAGGAAAUGUCGGCGUUAAUACCGGAAACCUCCCGUCGACUAAUCACACCGGAAAGUAUCCGUUCGGCGGCGAAACAGUCGUCAAAAUGCCUCGUCAUCCCUAUCCGCCUCCGCCGCGCCAUUGAAAAGUACCUCCAAGAGCAAGACAUGGCACACAUGAAGAAGAAAGUGCUGAGAUUAACAGCAUCAUUUGCGGAAAUUAAGGAUGUAAAUCGGCUGCUUCCAUUGUCGGUAUCAAAGGAGCUUGUUGAGGAUCCAUUUAAGUCGAUGGAGCAAUCAAAGAGGUGGAAAAACAAGAGUGAAUAUGGUGAUAUUGGAUUAACUUAUACAGAUAAUGAAACUGUUGCUUACAUUGCAACUCGAAUGCCUGCUGUUUACUCUGCUUGUUUUAGAAUCCUGCGUGAGAUAAAAAGAAGGGUGCCUGAUUUUUCUCCUGUUAAAGUGUUGGACUUUGGGUCUGGUACUGGUUCAUCUUAUUGGGCUUUGAGAGAAAUUUGGCCACGGUCAAUAGAACGGAUCAAUUUGAUUGAUCCCUCACAAUCAAUGCAACGUGCUGGCGUUAGUCUUUUACGAGAUAUCAAGAGUUUGCCACUCGUUCGCAGCUACGAUAAAAUUCAAUCCCUAACUAAAGAUAUCAAGAAGUCUGAAAGGGCACAUGACCUUGUCAUUGCUUCCUAUGUUCUUGGAGAGAUUCCAUCACUGAAGGAUAGGAUUGCUAUAGUGCGUCAACUUUGGGGUCUUACUCGAGAUAUGCUGGUACUUGUUGAACCAGGCACACCUGAAGGGUCAAAUAUUGUAUCUCAGAUGCGAUCACAUAUUUUAUGGAUGGAGAAGAGGAAAUUGCGUAAACGUAAAGAAACAUCAGAUGGCGUUUCGAAAAACUCAGGAGCUUCUAAGGAUGGUGCAUUUGUAAUUGCUCCUUGUCCACAUGACGGACCUUGUCCGCUGGCAAAGACUGGAAAAUUUUGUCAUUUUGUUCAACGAUUAGAGAGAACGGAGUCUCAACGUGCAUUUAAGAGAUCAAGCGGUGGAUCUUUACGUGGCUUCGAGGAUGAGAAAUUUUCGUAUGUUGUAUUGCGACGAGGAAAAAGACCGCAGGAGCCCUGGCCUCUUGAUGGAAUAAAGUUUGAGACCUUUAAAGAACUACGUGCCAAAAGGAAAUCUGAGGAUCUUGAAAUUGACUAUGAGGACCAAUUUGAGCUCGAAACUGAUGAGAUUGAAUCCUCCAACACCAAUCCUUCGUACGAUUCUGAUGCAACAGAAUCUGAUACGGUUACUGACCACGAGGACGACGAGGAAGUAGAGGAAUCAUCAGGUCUUGCAGAUUUGGGAAGUGGGUGGGGUAGAAUAAUUUUCAUGCCUCAAAAAAGAGGUAGACGUGUUGAAAUGGAUGUAUGCAGGUCUACCAAGCGUGAUGGUUCAGAAGGCUCAUUUGACCAUUUGGUCUUUACACGGGCAAAAAAUCCAACUUUACAUCUUCAGGCCCGGAAGUCUUUGUGGGGGGAUUUGUGGCCUUUGUAGGUGAAUCCUUUUGCCUGCCUAUGGUCUAUAACUCUAUACUCUGCAUGCUGGGAGUUUGGAUCAACAUCGGGCUGAAAUUCAGUAUAACGGGAGAGGAUUUUUUUCGGGGCAAAGUGCCCAAAUUAGCUACCCGGUUCAUUAUUGGGGCAGAUGUCGCAAUUGUGACUGUUGGCCCGGGAAUUGCUUGAUUCUCUGCUAAGCUACUGGAGAAUGCAGAGCUGCAUAUGUUUAGAUUCAGUGUAUUCAGAGAUGUGAAUCAACAUGUUCUCUUGUAUGGUGCAAGUUUCUGUGCUGUCUUUUUCUUGAAUCUCAUGCGCAUCAGGCCGUCAGCGGGACCCAUCUAAAUUCCAGAGAGCUGCUCCUGGUAGUGGUGGUUACAACUACUUGCAAGGUCUUUUAAACUCCUCUCAUUUCAUACAUGUAUAUAAGUUUGCCAUAUCUUUUUCGUAUUGUUGCAGUCAUAUAUGCUUUUUUCAAGUUGGUACUGGUAUAAAAUUUCAGAUGUGGUUAACUUUCUGUACAAGGCUUUACCAUGCUAUAUGCUUUUUUGACGGGUCUUUGUACCAAGUACUUGAAUACCUGACAAUUUGGGUGAACACUGAACAUGUUUUGUAUGGUAAGGAAAACUAUAUAAAUGGUAAGAUAAUUGUAUGGGUGGUUAUAAAUCAAAAACUGUUAUUUAUGUAUAGUACAAAUCAAAAGGCAUAAUAAUAAGCAAAUUGACUUAUGAGAGUGACCAAAUUUUUCGCUUUUACGCUAUUUUUUAUUCAUUUAAAUUCAAAUUUUAUUCA